GAGGGCGAAGCGUGCAGGUCAACGGGGAGAAAUCAGUCUUAAACUUGAGACGUUUUAAUACAUUUUUUAAUAUUAUAACAUUUUUUGGUAAUCUUGAGGUUGUUUGUGCUCGACAGAAUAACCUCGAACUUUGAAUUCACCAGCGGUUCUGUUCAUCAGACGGUCACGUGGUCAUGACUCACACAGGCCUCUGGUGUCAGAGGCUGAUCAGGGGUCAGCACACACAGACAAUCCCCUCAGAGUCGCUUCUGUUCGUGUGUCAGCAGAAAAACACAAGAUGUUUGCUGGAGAGAGAGUCGCUGUUGACCGUCAGCAGACAGAAACAGAGCCAAACAAAGAGUUGAAGAGAUGUGAAGAGUCAAUUGUGUCAGAAAUACUCCACAAACAGAGCUGGUAAUGAUGAAGGUCGCGACCUUUGUGUGUAGCCUGACGUCACUGGUGAGAUAACAAGUGCCAGAGAAGAUAAAUCACUGAUAAUGAGAACGCUCCCUCUCUGGUCUCCAGACUGAAGGUGUGACUCUGGGUUUAUAUCUGCAGGACAGAAACGUUGCAGCAACGCCCUGCGAGACGACACAGAAACACCGGUUUGAUUUUACAGGUUUGAACGGUUAAAUUCCUUCCUCACCCAUAAACUGAUUCUCGCAAGCGUGUCAGUGGGUUAACUCCUCACACAUCUCACCCAUGCUUCACUUACAUUUCAAUGUCAGACCCAAACCAACCUUUUACUCUUACCUCGUUUACUUCAUGCACGGAUUUUUACUUUCAGAAGAUCACCUCAUAUUUUAAAGCUUUUCAUAUCUUUCUGUCAUAUGUUAUUCUUAUAUCAUAAAAUACUUUUUGCUUUAUUGUCUUAAGGACAAAUGCAAACCACUGUGACUUAAAGUGUCUUGAUGAAUGUUUAAUUUUCACGCUUUCUUAGUGUUUAUUCGUUGUGUGUCCAGCCCUCACAGUUCUCGUUAUUACUAAUAAUUGGUGUUAAAUAGAGGUUUCGGGUAAAGGAUUUAUUCAGUGUUGUGAUAGUGCAGAUGUGGUUUGGUGACGUGCAGGGGAUUUGGCAGGAUGCUGUGGUCACAGUGGAAGUGAAGUCUAUGGUCUGUGUCUGAAAGAUGCUUAUAUUUAUAUACGACCAUUAAAAAAAAAUUAAGAGACCUUUUUAACAUUAUUUACAGUUUUCCAAAAUUUACUACGUGUUUAAGUAAAAUGAUAGUUUAUGUUUCGUUCUGUGAACUACUAACACUAUUUCCCCCAAAAUGUCAAAUAAAAAUAUUUGCAUUUAUUUGCAGAAAAUGAAAACUGGAGAAACAGGUGAAAACAACGGAAAAGAUGCUGAUGUGUAUUUGUUCAGACCUCAAAUGCUGCAAAGAAAUCAAUCUCCUGGAAAGGCCGAGCAGACGGACAAACAGGAAGCAGCUGUUGCCGUGGAAACAGGCCGUGGCGCGUGGGAGGGAUUGUGAGCUGCAGACGUUUCAGAUGCCGUCAUGCACCAGCAAACACGAGCUGACCAGCGGAGUGGCCAUCGCACAUGUGCUUAACAAAAUAGACCCGUCCUGGUUUAAUGAGACAUGGCUCAGCCGGAUAAAAGAGGACGGAGGAACCAACUGGAGACUGAAGGUCAGCAAUCUGAAGAAGAUUCUGCAGAGUAUUAUGGAGUAUUAUCAUGAUGUGUUGGGUCAGCAGGUGUCUGAUGGACACGUUCCAGACGUGUGUCUGAUCGGCGAGAUGGGCGAUGUGAAUGAACUGGGUCGUCUGCUGCAGCUGGUUCUGGGCUGUGCUGUCAGCUGUGAGCACAAGCAAGAACACAUUCAGCAGAUCAUGACUCUGGAGGAAUCUGUGCAACACGUGGUCAUGACGGCCAUCCAGGAGCUGCUUGCCAAAGAACACGUGGAGGCUGGAACUGCAGAGACGUACGGCGACUUUGACAAUCAGUCCAGAAAAUAUUACUUUCUGAGUGAAGAAACAGACGACGACUCAUCUCAGCGCCUCAGGGAACUCGAGCAGCAGGUGUCUGUUCUGAUGGAGGAGAAAUCAUCUCUUCAGACUGAGCUUCAGUCCCUGCGCGAGCGUCUGACUCGCUGCGAGCCGUCUGACGUUUCCUCCACCGUCACCAACAAGAAACUGCUGCUGCUGCAGAGUCAGAUGGAGCAACUGCAGGAGGAGAACGACAGGUUGGAGAGCAGCCGCGAUGACGCGCGGCUUCGAGGGGAUGUUCUGCAGCGUGAGGUGGCGGACCUUCAGCUGAGGAACGAAGAGUUAACCUGCCUCGCUCAGGAGGCCCAGUCUCUCAAAGACGAGAUGGACGUACUAAGGCACUCAUCUGAUCGUGUGAGUCGUCUGGAGGCGAUGGUGGACACGUAUAAGCGCAAGCUGGAGGAUCUGGGAGAUCUGCGCAGACAGGUGCGUCUGCUGGAGGAGAGAAACCACAUGUACAUGCAGCGCACCUGUGAACUGGAGGAGGAGCUGCGCAGAGCAAGCGCCGUCCGCGCGCAGCUCGACACGUACAAGAGACAGGCUCAUGAGCUCAGCGCCAAACACUCGGCAGAGGCCAUGAAAGCUGAGAAAUGGCAGUUUGAGUACAAGAACCUCAAUGACAAAUAUGAGACGCUUCUGAAAGAGAAAGAGAAGCUGAUGGGUGAGCGGGACGCAUUGAGAGACACGACUGAAGAACUGACAUGUGCUCAGGUCCAGCAGCAGUGUUUUACAGAUUCUCUCGCGGGCGAUUCGGGGACGGUUGGGAGUCUGGCGUCUGAGAUCAUGCCUGCUGAGUUCAGAGAUACAGUUGUGCGUCUGCAGCAGGAGAAUAAGACGUUGUGUGUUCAGGAGGAAUCAUACAGACACAGACUGGAAGAUCUACAGAAUCACCUGGAGGAGUCACAACGCUCUCGCAACACACUCGAGACACACAACAGGUUGAGUCAGCAGCAUAUAUCAGAAUUACGUUCUCAGAUUGAAGAGCUCCAAAGAGCUUUACAGGAGCAGGACAGCAAAACUGAAGAUUCAUCGCUGUUAAAGAAAAAGUUGGAGGAGCAUUUGGAGAAGCUUCAUGAAGCUCAUUCUGACCUGCAGAAGAAACGAGAGGUGAUCGAUGAUCUAGAACCACAUGCGGACAGUAACAUGGCCAAGAAGAUUGAUGACCUGCAGGAGAUCUUAAAGAAGAAAGAUGAAGACAUGAGACGCAUGGAGGACAGAUACAAGAAAUAUGUGGAGAAAGCUCGCACGGUGAUUAAAACACUGGAUCCAAAACAGAAGAAUAACUCAGUUCCUCCUGAAGUUCAAGCCCUGAAGAAUCAGCUGUCAGAAAGAGACAGAAAGAUACAACAUCUGGAGCAUGAUUACGAGAAGUCACGCUCCAGACAGGAUCAGGAGGAGAAGCUCAUAAUCUCUGCCUGGUACAACAUGGGAAUGGCUCUUCAUCAGAAGGUGGCCGGAGAGCGCUCCGGUUCAGCUCCGGCUCAGUCUUUCCUGGCACAGCAGAGACAGUCCACUCAAGCCCGGAGAGGACUGGCCCGCCUCCAUCCCAGAAAAACACACUCUCAGCCAUCCUCGUAGAUGAAUUCAUGAGCUCCGUCCUGAAACACACCUCUGUCAGUGGCUUAAACGAUGACACGGAAUCUUAUUUCGCUUUUGGCACUUUCCCUGUCUGAGAAUGUAGAAUAUCACAAGUCCGUCUCUGGAGUUUAGAGGAUAUAGUAUUUAAUUGUCUUUUAGAUGACGUUUGUUUGAUUAUUAUUUUUUUGUUUGUUUUUAGUCGAGUCGCAGCGUAACACUGCUCUUUUAUUUAAGUGUCGGUGCGUCUUAACUGGGCGAUAUGGAGGAGAUUAAUGAAGCAGGUGGACCUGCGGUGGGUUUCAUUAUGAUUUUUUUAAUGUAUAGUUCGGCUUGGUUAUCAGGGUAUGAUGCGUGUGACUUCAAACACUCAGUGCCUUUCUGAAGACUUCAACAUCUAGAUCCAUCAUAGUCAUCAGUCUGUCUACUGACAGCUGUCAAUCACCUUAUGAUGCAUUCAUGUCUAUAGCUCCCUUUUAAACCAAAUCCUUUUAAAAUAGAAUCGCUGAAUACUGUGUGAUGGGAAGCCUUGAAUGCAAUGAUCAAUAAUGUGAUGUGGUCUACGCGGUUCAUUAUGCUUGUCAUUAAAUGUAAGCUGCUUUGUUUUUAUGAAUGAAUGUGAAAUUGAUAUGCUGGACACUAAUCCAAUGACAGAUGAACUACUGAAGGAUGCUGGAUUCCUGUCAGACAUGAAAACUGCUGCUGCUUUAUCAUUUUAUGACGUUUUUGGGAUGUAACAUCACCAAAUUUUGCUGCUAAAGGAGGAAGUCUCUGAGGUUUUAUAAAUAAUAUGGAGUGGUGGACACUACACUGGACACAACACUACUGUAUGUAUGUAUAUCAGAAACACUAAUGUGAUGUUAUUUUUGACCCUUGUCAGUCCAAGCAUUUUUCACGACUCGUCAGAGAUCUGUAGAUGUGAGUUUGUUUUGUAGUUUUUCACUGUAUGUAUAAUGCCGAAGGUGUGACGUAUUUUUCACUGUUGUUGUUGUUCGUGAGUUCUUGAUCUUGUUUUGUUUUCAAUCACACAUGUUCUUUAAGGACUGAUGAGGGUCGGUACUGGACAUAUGAACUAUCCUCUCGCUGUCUUACUCUUGCAAUACAAUUAAAGACAGGUCAUUGGUAGAAAAUAUUUGAUGUGAG